AUGUAUCGGUCGGAGCGCUGGCCGGAGGAGGAGUCCCCGUCGCGGCGCUCCUCCCGGCGCAGCAGUGGAGGCAGCGCUGCAGGCGGCACCGGGCGGCGCGCCAGUCUGUCGCCGCCCGCCGCCGCCACGCCGCGCCGCAACAAGCCGCAACACCUCGACUUCCUCGUCACAGGGAAACAGAUACUCAAGAAGAGUGACCGCGCGAGCUCCCUCCCGGGCGCGUACCACCGCCGCCUGUCGUCGGAGGGCAGCAAGCCGCGCAAGCUGACGGACUCCCCCCGCCGCGCGCCCCGCCCCCCGCCCGCGCCCUCCAAUACAAGGGACACUUCACUCGAGGACCAUCUCUCAUUGGAUCUGUCGCAGAUCCAGGCGCUGGCGACGUCGACCCCGCGCCCCCCGCGCCCCCAGGCCCGCAGCGCGUCCGUGCAGAGCGCACCACACCGCAUGCGCCGCGCCCCCGCCCCCGCCCCUGCGCCCCUUGAGGUGGAUUAUUCCUCCGUGUCCCCUGAGUACUCCGGCCAGUCCUCCGCCGAGCUCUCGCCCUCGCGCGGCUCACGGGACCAGCUCGUCUCCAGUUGCUGCGUGAGCACGUGGCCGGAGUGCAGCGAGACUGACACGGCCGUGGAGAGCGGCGGGGGCGCGGGGAGCGCGGGGGCGGGGGCGGGGGCGCGCGCGCCCUGCGACGGCGAGUGGUGCUCGUUCUGGGCGAACUACAACAACUCGAUGCCGCACGUGCCGGUGCAGAGCUACUACGACCAGUGCCCCACGCCGUACCGGACCGACACGCUCGACCUGGCCGACUUCACGGAGCCCAGCCUGCCGCCCGACCUGGACAGUCCGCGCCGCGCCCCCGACCGCGACCUGCUCGCCGACAUCAUCCGCCAGCACGGCCUCACUCUGUCGCCGCGCGACACGCAGAGCGUCAUCAAGUGCGCGCACCUGCUCGGCGCAGUGCUCGCGCGCGCCAUCGAGCGGCAAGCGCGCAACAAGCGCAAGCACGACAUGCGCCUCGACCUGCAGGACACCGCGCCCCCCGCGCCCCCCGCGCCCCCCGCGCCCGCCGCGCCCCCCAGCGCCUCCGCCACCACGCAGACCGACAUAUCGCUGCCCAACACCCGCAGCGCGCCGCGCAUCUUCGAGAACAUCCUGCGCCAACUGUCGCGGAGCUCACUCGACGUCGACAAGGACAAAGACAAGGGCGAGGCCGGGCCGGACGCGAGCGCAGACUCGAGCACUGACCCGCCGGGCGAGCAGUGA